AUGAACCACAAGCUCGCUGUGGCCAUCUUGGCUUUCACUACCAUGGCAGUCAAUGCUGGUAACUUUCCAAACAAAAUGGACAAUAUCGGAAAAGGUGGUCUCGUCGUCCGCGAAGGCAAGUCAAUCCAAUGUUGUCAACAAACAACAUCCUAA